UGCCUCCCCCAGGGGAAGCGUCUCGUGCAGCUCGGCCUCCGCCGCCGACUUCCUCAGCGUUGCCAGCACGCUCUCAGGGGGCAAGUCGACCAGCUCUUGCCAGAUCGACUUGGUGUAGAAGUCCACUGUAUGCGCACUGGAAAUGGCCAGGGCGCCCCUUAGGAAGCUCAGCAAGUCCUGUAACGUGGCGUGCAGCGUGGGCAGGUCCGGGGCCCUGGGGAGAGGGCUGGCCGCCGCCAUGACGCUCGCCCUCCAGGGCUGCAGGUGGCGCCAACAUGGCCGCGCGACCCCCUCUCUCCCCGGAAGCAGCACAGGCCGAAGCAGUCGAGCUCCGAGCAUGCGCUAGUUUGGGAGAUUGAUUGCUUCUGCCUGGUGACGUAUUUUGUCGGCGUCCACUGUAGUUCUACUAACCCGGUGGUGUAAAAUGGCGCCCGGGCGGCCGUCUUCGAGGUUGCGGACCGGAGGAUUUGCGGCGCGUGGGGAAGGGACUCCUCAGGUCAGAUUCGGAAAUCAGAAUGGGAAACGCAGGACCUGGCGGCCGAACCACCAGCAAGCCUUCCUAGGGAGCGUGCGCGAGGGACAGGGUUUUGCAUUUCGGAGAAAACUGAAGAUCCAGCAAAAUUACAAGAAAUUGCUGUGGAAGGUAAAGAAGGCACCAGCAUCACAGGGAUCCCAGUUCGAAGAUCAUUACCCAGAGCAUCUGAAACACCUGUAUCUAGCUGAGGAAGAAAGACUCAGAAAACAGCAAAGGAAGGUGGACCUUGCUCUGUCAGAAGGACAACUUGACCAGCCUUUGCCUGAAGAGGAAGGCAACACUGAGCAGGCUGUGUCUGAAGAACAGUCGAGUGUUUUCCAGCCUCAGCCAGAGGAGCCGAGUACAGUAAAUUCUGUGACUUUUCCAAAGAAAAAGAGAAAGAAAACUUCAAACCAAAAGGCACAGGAAGAGUAUGAACGAGUACAAGCGAAGCGUGCUGCUAAGAAAUUCGAAUUCGAAAUGAGAAAGCAAGAAAGAGAAGAGGCUCAAAGGCUCUACAAAAAGAAAAAAAUGGAAGCUUUCAAAAUACUGAGCAAAAAGACUAAAAAGGGCCAGCCUAACCUGAAUUUACAGAUGGAGUAUCUUCUUCAGAAAAUACAAGAGAACAGUUGAAGUGGAGACUUUGUCUUUAAGGAUUGAGUCCUGACUGACUGUUGCCCCCUUUUGUAUGUGUAUCGGGAGCCUCCUAACGGUGAACUCUUGUUGACAUCAAAUGGAUUGCUGAAUUAUUUUUUGGUUUUGUGAAAGAUAAAUUUAUAUAUAUAUAUAUAUGUAUAUAUGUGUGUGUGUGUGUGUGUGUGUGUGUGUGUGUGUGUAUACAUAUAUAUAUGUAUAUAUACUGCAUAAAAAAAUGACUUUAUCCUGAAGAUCUUUAAAAACUCCAGUGGAAUUUGUAUGAAAUAAACUGCUUUGAAAUAGGAGAUUUGAGCUCACAGUGAGAUGUUUCAGUGAUGUGAACAUGUUUCCAUUGCUUACUGGAAACUAACUUUAGAUCCUUGCCUGGC